GUGGAGUGGCCGUUUCUUAGGAAGGCACUGGCUAGGAUGGGAUUUUCUAAGCGGUGGAUCAGUUUUGUUGAGGCGUGUGUGGAGCAUUUCACGUUCUUGGUUCUGGUUAAUGGUAGCCCCACCGACUUCUUCCCCUCCUCCAGAGGCCUUAGACAGAGUGAAUCCCUUUCCCCAUCCCUUUUUGUUCUUGCGGCAGACUACUUCUCUCGCUGUCUUGACGGCUUCAUCUACGACUAUCCACGGAUGACAUACAGCACCCGUGUCUAUGGUCCUCCCAUCUCGCACCUUUCUUAUGCGGAUGACAUUAUUAUCUUCACCCGGGCGGAUGAUGAUGGCCUGAUCGAGCUUAUGCACCUUCUGGAGCACUAUAGCUCGGUUACUGGCCAGCUGAUCAGUGUGCAGAAGAGCACCUUCACCCUCUCCUCCUCCAGCGCAGACAGGUGGGCUCAGCGA